UCCCCUGUAAAGCAACGACUGUUUUCAUUUAAAGACAAAAGCUCAGCACUACGUGUUAUAAUAUUCAAAUAAUAUUGAAUGUUACGAAAAAAAUGACAGACAAAGUUCAUAUAUCGACAAAUGAUGGUAAAAUCAAAGGCAUUAAGAAAACAUCCACUUUUUCUGGAACAGAAUACUACUCUUUUUUGGGAAUACCAUAUGCUCAACCACCAAUAGGAAAUGCUCGUUUCAAAGAUCCGGUAAAAAUAAAACCUUGGAAGAGUACUUUGGAUGCUACAAUAGAAAGAGAUGGUUGUAGACAAUUUUCUUUACUCCGGAGAGAUUUUUCAGGAUCAGAAGAUUGUCUGUACAAUAACAUCCAUACACCUGAACUGCCUAAAGAAAAUAAGCCAUUAAAAUCUGUUAUCGUUUGUAUUCAUCCUGGUGGAUUUUUUUAUGGGACACCGGAUCCAACUCAAUUUGGAUCACCAGAGUUUAUCAUGCAUCAUGAUAUUGUUUACGUCUGUGUUGGCCAUCGUCUGCAUAUUUUAGGAUUUUUAAACCUCGGUUUGCCAGAAUGUUCUGGUAAUCAAGGAUUAAAAGAUAUCAUAAUGAGUCUUGAAUGGAUCAGAGAUAACAUCAGUGCUUUUUGCGGUGAUCCUAAUGAUAUAACUCUAAUGGGAAGCAGUAGUGGAUCAGCCAUUGCAAAUGCUCUGAUGUUCGCACCAAGAGCAAAAGGUUUAUUUCAUAAAGUAAUUCUAAUGGGGAUGUAUGCUCUUAAUCCUGCCCUCAUAACGCAACACGAGAAUGCCACGUCUGCCUUCGAAUUGGCGAACUCUUUAGGAUACGAUGGAACGGCUGAAGACAGAAAAAAAUUAUUAUCGUUUUUAAAAAAGAUUUCAUUGGAUGCCGUCGUACUGCUAAAACCUGAAAAUCGUAUACACAGGACAAAGUUGCCAAUAUAUCCAGCAUCGCCAUUUUUACCUUUGUCAGACCCAGGAGAAAACUCUGUUUUACCUUUAUCACCAGAUAAUUUAGUACCUUCAACAGUCAGAAUACCAAUGAUGAUUGGCUUUUGUGAACACGAAGCAGCUAUGGUAUUCGUUAAAUUACUCAAAAAAAGGCUCUCAAGCCAAUUUUAUUCAACCCUAACACAAAAUGUUUGGGGAUGGGGAAGUAACUUGACUGAAGAAGACCUGAAACUUAUCCAACAACAAGCCGAACAAUUCUAUUUGAAUGGCGAAUCUACCGAAUCAGGCCAUCUGCCUACAAGAUGUCAGAUUCAAACUGAUAUUUCUUUAUCAGACAUGUAUGAUUCUGUAGUCAAUGUUGUUGCAGAAGACCUUCCUUCUUCAGUAUUUGUUUAUAGAUUCGACUAUGAAGGUAGUAUUCCUACAAUGAAAGAAAGACUCGUGUCACAAUUAGAUGAACCUUUGAAAGGAACUUGUCAUGGUGACGAUUACAGUUACUGGGCGAUGAUAAAAGAUCAUUGGAGUAAACUGGAUUACUCUAUACAACCAAGAAGUCGUGAGAUGGUUGAAAAAUUCACCAAAUUAUUCACCACUUUCGCUAAAACAGGAGACCCUAAUUAUGAAGGUUUGGAAGUUCACUGGAAACCUUCGAGGAUUGAAAAUCCACAUUAUUUGAGUUUCAAUGACCCAUUGACAGUAAUCGAGGGUAAACUGAAUGGAAAACGAAUGGAAUUUUGGGAAAACAUUAAAAAACAGUUUAAGAAGAAAUGAUUGUAUUUCAUAAAUAAAUAUUUUUUCAAAAUGUUACCAUCUUAGCUAUGUACGUUUGUUUUUUUACAACAUCUACAUACCUACAUGUAGCACCAUAAGUAAAAAUGUACAUAACUACCUCAGCAAUAAAUAUAUUAGUAAAAGUACUAGGUAAACAUUA